AUGGAGAGGUUGGAUAGGGCUAUGUGCAACUCAAAUUGGAGAACCAUGUUACCAGAAGCCACAGUCAGGGUUCUUCCAAGAGCCUAUUCUGAUCACUCACCAUUGAUAGUCUACACCCAAGGUAUGCAUUCUCAUACCCCCCUUCAUAGGUCCUUCAGAUUUCAAGCUGCUUGGAUGACCCACCCAGGCCUUAUUGAGGUUAUCAUCUCCUCCUGGACUGAUAUGAAGAAUAACCUCAUUGACUCUACUGACGAGUUCACCCGUAGGGAGGAGGUGUUACGGUUCCAAAAGUCUAGGUCUAAAUCUAUAACUCUUGGUGAUAGGAAUACUAAAUACUUUCAUGUUUCUAUUAUCACCAAGAGAAGGAAACUCAAAAUCAAUUCUCUUAAAGACUCUACUGGCAAUUGGACUAUUGAGGCUGAUAGUCUUAAGCUUCUUAUCCCGGAUUAUUUUCAUAAUCUCUUCAAUAGUGAGCCCAUUAGUCACCUUGAGCAUUGGCACAACGUAGCACCAACCCAUUUCACCCAUGAUGAUAAUGCGGGUAUUCUCAAACCUCUCUGUAACUAUGAAAUUGUUGGAGCUGUGAAGAGCAUUGGUGCUUUCAAAGCUCCUGGUAAGGAUAGUAUCCAGGCUAUUUUUUUAUCAAAACUAUUGGAGUACUGUUGGACCCUCUGUGUGUGA